AAAGCGAAGAAUUAAAAUUUAUCGUCUGCAACAUGGCUGCAAGUCAGCUGUUUACAACGUUAGGUUAAGUUAAUGAAUAUGAAGGUAUUAUGCAAAUACAUUAACUGUAAAAUGUCAGAAAUAUUUUAAAAAUCAAAUAAUAGUUUAAUAUUGACACUGGAAUUUAUUAUGUUGUAUUGCCUAAUGGAUGAGACAACGCUUGGCAAAUUGUUUUCAAAACACUAACACAUUACUGAAAUACUUCAUGUGUAAAACAAACGACUGAAUUUUAACAACAAAAACACCAUGUGAAACAUUCAGGUUAUGUUUCUCUUUUCGCGGUAGGUCACGUGAUAAAAUAUAAUUCAAAUAUUUCCCACCGCAAGCGCUGUCAACAGUAGGAAAAUAGAAAGUCGUACUACUGUGGUCCCCCCUAUAUGGUGUCAAGUUUUCUAGCGAUUGGCUACAGGCGUUACCUCUCCUUAUCCUACUUCAUGGCGAAAAGUCAUUUAAAAAGAAAAAAUAACAAUUUUAAAAGAAAAAAUAACAUAAUUUAAAAAAAAAAAUUAUGGAUGCAUUAAUUUUUUCAAUGAAAUCUAUUUUAACUCAGCGACUUAUGUUAAGAAAAUUACGUUGUUUUUGUAUAUUUUCGAAACCUUUGAGUAAUCAUAUUUACUCAUUUCACACAAAUGGCCAACAUCGAAAUACUCAACUUUUUCAGAAUGCUAAAAGUAAUAGUUUAAACUUGUACAAAGUUCAUAAAAGAACAAUGUUUAUCCAAACACAAGAUACACCAAAUCCAAAUAGCUUAAAAUUCUUACCGGGUGUUCAAGUUUUGGAUAAAGGACAAACGAAAGAUUUUCCUUCACUUUCUACUGCCCAAUUUUCUCCUCUUGCAAAAAUGUUAUUUCGCAUUGAAGGAGUUAAAGCUGUAUUUUAUGGUUCUGAUUUUAUAACUGUAACAAAAAUUGAUGAAGAUACCGAUUGGAACUUAUUAAAACCAGAGAUAUUUGCUACUAUUAUGGACUUUUUUGCAAGUGGUUUACCGAUUCUUACGGAAGAACAACCAGUUUCUAAUAGUCAAAUCAAUGAAGAAGAUGAUGAAAUUGUGCAAAUGAUAAAAGAGUUACUUGAUACACGGAUCAGACCAACAGUUCAAGAAGAUGGAGGAGAUAUUGUUUUUGUGGGUUUUGAAGAUGGAAUCGUUAAACUUAAAAUGCAAGGUUCGUGUACAAAUUGUCCCAGUUCAGUAGUAACACUUCGAAAGGGCGUGCAGAAUAUGAUGCAGUUUUACAUACCAGAAGUUUUAGGAGUUAUACAAGUUGAAGAUGAAGUUGAUAAAGUUUCAAAAGAAGAAUUCGAAAAACUUGAAAGUAAAGUGGAAGGAACUGUUUCAACAAAAGAGAAAUAAUAAAAAGAAAACUUUUAUUUUGUAUAUUAUGUACAGCUAAAUUAUUUGUAUCUGACUUUUAUGUUUUAAUUAUAUCAGAAAGAAAUGAUUUAUUAGAAAUUAUGUAAAUAAUUAUAAUUUAUUUUUAAUAUAGAUUUAUGUAAGAUAAUAGGAAAUUGUAUUUUCCUUUGUAUGUGUUUCUUGUAAAUCUAGAGAAAAUUGACUAUUUAAAAAUGAAAUAUAUUUUAAUUUUCUUUUCGAUAA